AUGGCUUGUCUGAUCCGUCUUUGCUGGUUUUUAGUGUUCGUUCUUCGAGUCACCAGUCGUCGAUACGAGAUGAUGACGAGGAAGGCACCUGAAAAUGAUCCGACGUCUACUCGGAUCUUACGGGCUUUCACUUCGGAAAAGUGCGACUUCGAUGUUAUUGCUAAGAGGGCCGGUUGCAGGCAAAGGGGUCUCGCUAAAAUUCCUGAUGAUUUGCCAACCGAUGCGCUCCGUCUUGAUCUGUCCCUGAACAACAUCCGUAGUCUUAGGAAUGUGUCUUUCAUCAGAUACACAGCCCUUCUCUUCCUUGAUCUCUCAAAGAAUGACAUCACUACAAUUCAACCUGAGGCAUUCAAACCACUCGAGAACCUGGCCACCCUUGAUCUAAGUGACAACCCAAGUUUAUCAUCGAUCCAUUAUUUACAAUGGCUUCACCAACUGGAACUUCUUUUACUUAAUGGUUGCAAUUUCACAUCGCUUCCAGACGAAGUUUUGGGGAUAUCAUCCAAGUUUCUAAACCUCGAUAUGAGCUACAACAAUCUCGCAUCGGUCAACGUAACAAUUUGCAGCGACCUCGUACUGCCUGAUCUUAAUAUCGGUUACAAUGGAAUUGAAAGUAUAACCCCUGAGACAUUUGUCAUCCUGUGUCCUAUGGACACUAUUGAUAUGCAGAACCCGAUCACGUCCAUUGAUCCUGCAGCCAUCGCGCCAUUAAAUGCCCAGAACCUGGUCGUAGGUGCCUUCCCUACGACCAAUGCGGUGUUGACGCAGUUGUUCCAAGGUGCGGCGAUCUCCAGCAUCAAGGAAAUUUCGAUCAUUGGAAGUGGCUUGGACGCCAUCAUUCCAGAUUUAUUCAGUCCCCUCUCUAAUGCCUCUCUCUUCAGUCUUGACCUAUCUUUUAACGACUUCAUUUCAUUGAACCAUUCCAUAUUCUCAAACCUAACCACUCUCUAUCGGCUAAGUCUGAGUGGCAAUUACAUCCGUGAGAUAGAGCCAGAACACUUUGCAGGAAUGAAAGAACUGAGGAUUCUCGACCUUGGAUAUAAUGAAGUUCAAACCAUCAACCCGAAAAACUCGACCUGGGAGAUAAAUUUACAUGAGUUAUAUUUACUUGAUAAUAGUCUCAUUCACAUAGCUUCCUUUAGUUUCAGUGGUUUGAAUACCUUGGUGCUCUUAGACUUGUCCAACAACGAAUAUCUAUCUUCUCUUGAAAUUGGAGCUUUUGACGGGCUUGAAAAAUUAAAGAUACUUGAUGUGCCGGGCUGUAAACUACUUGAAAUGUUACUAUGGGCACCUCUCCUGACAUCUUUUAAUAUUCGACAACGGGUGCCUUAUUUUGGGGAUGACUCAUUCAUACCAGGUGAAACUUUCAAAACUGCACCAUUGCUCGAGUUUAUUGACAUGACGGGAUCUAUAAUGUUAGUCAACAGUUUAUGGGAUUCAUCAAGGAAUUUGUCCCUCUUUAGUGGCUUGGCAUAUCUUCGCGCUCUGUUCCUCGACAACAACCCUCUAGGUGGUUUUCCGGUAUUUGUAUUUUCAAACCUGACUUCCUUACAAAAACUCUCUGUGGUUAAAUGCGAAAUUCCAUUCCUUGAAAUGGGAUUGUUUUCCGAUCUGAGAUCCCUGAAGGAACUGCAUUUGCAGCAGAAUUAUCUGACACAUCUUUCGUCUGAUCUUCUCCAAGGUUUAACAAACCUUCUUGCUCUGCAUGUCGAUGAUAACCACCUUAGCUAUUUCUCCAAGGAUGCCUUCACAGAAAUCCCUCUGCUGACUACGCUCACCCUGACCAACAACGAUCUAACAGCCUUCAAUUCCAGCUCGUUCGAUCCAGUCAUGUCCACCCUGACAGCAAUAUCCCUUGUUAAUAAUCCGAUAGUUUGUUCUUGUAAGAUCAGGUGGAUGGUCGAAUGGCUUAAUGGAGAUAUCCAUCUCAUAAACGCUGAUCAAACCUACUGCUCAUCUGCGUCUCUUGAUCCUCUAAAACAAAAGCCCCUGUUGACUUUCCAACCUGAUGAGUUCUGCAGCCCCAACACAACUCUCAUCAGCCUGCUCGUUCUGACUGGGAUUGGAGUAAUCAUGAUUGCCUUGAUGAUGUACAGUAACCGAUGGGCUUUGAAAUACAAAAUUUUCCUCCUAAAGCUCGCCAUCCUGGGGUACGACGAGAUGGAGGAUGCUCGUGGUCACGACGAAUUCACGUACGACAUCAACGUCAUGUGCGACGAUGAGGAUGACCAGUGGAUGAAGGACCACUUCAAACCACUCAUAGAAGAGAAACUACCUGACCUCAACAGAAACAUUUAUGGCGAUGAGGAUCUCAUCAUCGGCAUGCACUAUUUAGAUUCGGUCCACUACAUCGUCGAGCGGAGUUAUAAAAUUGUUUUGCUGUUAAGCAGAAAUGCUUUCCGGAACAACUGGUUCCUGGUUAAGUUCCGGAUAGCUUUAGAUAACGUCAAUGAGUCCCAAAUUGAGAACAUGGUGGUGGUUUUCCUAGAGGAUAUCCCUGAUGCGGAGCUGCCGUUCUUGGUAAGGCUCUUCCUCAGUGACCAUGGGACCUACCUCACUUGGUCGAAAAACGAACAAGAGCAGGAGUACUUCUGGACCAAAUUUGUCAAACUUAUGAAAGUUAAUAGAAGAUCGAACCAUAUUAUACCCCCAGAGUAG